AUGAUUUUCAUACCUAAACACAACACGGCUUAGUGUUUUCGUCCAAAAAUUAAAACGCUGGAUUAUCCGGCGUUGAUAAAUAGUAUUUCGGGUCAUUUCUCCCGGAUUUGUUAUUUUGAACAUUGCUUGUCGAAGUUGUGAUAUAUGACUCUUGUCUCUAGUCUCCUAGCAUCACUACAACUUUUCUUUCACGCAUCAUGGAAAUUAGUAUGAAAUUUCGGUGACAAGUCUACUACUCUAGCGGAUAUUCCUCUUCUCUCGGUGAUACUAAGACUUGGACCCUUUAACACUCUGUUGCUAGAAUAAAAAGGGUCUUCACUAGGCUCCAGAAUCUGGUAACCUGUUUAUAGUACAAUGAAUAGUAUUCGCGAUGAUGAUGCCAUGGAGAAUGGUUGCUCCAACGAAAAUAGGCACAUUUGUGAGCCUGAGGAUCAGGUUGCACAAGUAAAAAAUGAAGUCGAAGAUGAAAAGAAAGAAGUGGAGUCCAUUGAGAUGAUAUUCAUUGACAAGGAAGUUCCUUCUUGGAAAAACCAGUUAACUUUCAGGGCUUUUGUUGUGAGCUUCGUGCUGGGAACAUUGUUAAGUCUCGUAGUUAUGAAGUUACACAUGACUACUGGCAUGAUUCCUUCUCUUAAUAUUUCUGCUGGGCUUUUGGGGUUUUUAUUCGGGAAGACAUGGACUAAAUUCUUGGAAAAACCAGGUACGUCGAAGAAGCCAUUUACCAGGCAAGAAUAUACUAUGGUUCAAACAUGUGUCGUCGCAACCUGUGGUAUUGCUUUCAGUGGAGGAUUCGGAAGCUACAUGUUUGCAAUGAGUGAAGUGACUAGCAAACAGUCAAUGGGAACUAAUGAUCCUCAGAACACGAAGAACCUGAGUUUGGGCUGGAUCAUUGGUUUUCUCUUCACUGUUAGCUUCAUUGGCCUCUUCUCGCUGCUACAUUUUAGAAAGAUUAUGAUCAUAGACUACAAACUUGUAUAUCCAAGUGGUACUGCAACUGCUCACCUUAUUAACAGCUUCUACACACCUAAAGGUGCAAAGCUGGCAAGGAAACAAGUGAAAGUCUUGAGCAAAUUUUUAUCCUUCAGCUUCUUGUGGGGUUGCUUCCAAUGGUUCUAUACCGCUGGAAGUAAUUGUGGAAUUGCUAGUUUUCCUUCUCUAGGAUUUGAAGCGUAUAACAACAGGUUUUACUUCAAUUUCUCAAGGACUUAUGUUGGAGUAGGAAUGAUUUGUUCAUACAUAACAAACAUAUCUUUGUUAGUUGGAGCAAUAUUUUCAUGGGGUGUGAUGUGGCCCCUCAUCAGAACAAAAGAAGGCGGCUGGUAUGAGUCCGGUCUCCCUUCAGAUAGUCUUCAAGGAAUACAUGGUUAUCGGGUUUUCAUUACAAUCGCUGUGAUACUAGGAGAUGGGCUCUACAACUUCUUUAAGGUAUCAAGUAAAAAUAUAACAGGAUUAGCUUGCCAACUUCGAAACAAAAGUUCUGCCAAUAUACUUCCAGUCGCAGAUGCCUCCCCUGAAGAAAAAGUUUCCUCUUUUGAUGACAAACGUAGAACUCAAUUCUUUCUCAAGGACCAAAUACCAUCAUGGUUUGCCCUUGGCGGCUAUGUCAUAAUUGCUUCCAUCUCUACAGCAAUCCUUCCUCAAAUUUUCCAUCAACUCAAAUGGUACUAUGUCUUAAUCAUCCAUGUCUUCGCGCCUGUGCUAGCUUUCAGCAAUGCAUAUGGAUGUGGACUGACGGACUGGUCACUUGCUUCGAGUUAUGGAAAGUUUGCCAUUUUCACAAUUGGUGCAUGGGCCGGAAAAGAUCAAGGCGGAGUUCUUGCAGGUCUUGCUGCUUGUGGUGUGAUGAUGAAUAUAGUCUCAACAGCUGGAGACCUAAUGCAGGAUUUCAGGACCGGGUACAUGACCCUUGCUUCACCUAGGUCCAUGUUCGUGAGCCAAGUCAUUGGGACUGCAAUGGGAUGUGUGAUCUCUCCUUGCGUAUUUUGGCUUUUCUACAAGGCCAUCGACGAUAUAGGGACUCCACACUCCAGCUCUCCAGUACCCUUUGCACUUGUAUACAGAAACAUGGCAAUAAUAGGAACAGAGGGGAUCUCUUCUUUACCCAAAAACUGCCUAAACCUCUGCUAUAUAUUCUUUGCUGGAACAAUCAUUGUGAAUGUUAUUCGAGAUGUUGUUCCAAAAACAUGGGCCAAUUAUAUUCCACUUCCAGUGGCUAUGGCUAUUCCAUUUUACAUAGGAGCAUACUUUGUCGUUGACAUGUCUGUCGGAUGCUUGAUUCUUUUCGUCUGGGAGAAGAUGGACAAAGCUUCUGCCGAUGCAUAUGGCGAUUCAGUUGCAUCAGGGCUGAUUGUUGGAGACGGACUAUGGACAUUGCCAAGUACAAUACUAGCAUUGGCUGGGGUAGAGCCUCCUAUAUGCAUGAAGUUUUUAUCAAGGAGCACAAAUGCUAAGGUUGAUGAGUUCUUGAAGACUUCACUGCAUAUUUGAUCUUUCAUUGUUUACUUAGAAUUCAAUUGUCUU